UCCUCUCCUCCCCUCCCCUCUCUGCUCCUCUCGUCAACCAAGAGUCCGCUUGCCCCCGCCAACACAGAGCAUGAGGAGCUCUGAGUGACUGCACACUCUCUCUCUCUCACACACUCACACACACUCACACACACUCACACACACUCGCACUCUCUCACACACGCUGGGAUACGGACUGUCCCUGAUACUGGAGCUACUACUGCUGCUACUCUCUGUUGUCCAGUUUCACAGCUGAUGACCUGAGGAGAACCGCGCUUCAAAUCCACAGCUUCUGCAAGCAACGCCGCCCGCAAGAUCGCCAGGUCUCCGUCUCGUCCAGCAUGACCAGGAAAGUGUUCACCAACACGCGGGAGCGCUGGCGACAGCACAACGUCAACACGGCCUUCGCCGAGCUGCGCAAGCUCAUCCCCACGCACCCGCCCGAGAAGAAGCUGAGCAAGAACGAGAUCCUGCGCCUGGCCAUGCGCUACAUCAACUUCCUGGUGCAGCUGCUGGACGUCCAGGGCGGAGGAGGGGGUGGAGGCGGCACGGGGGACGGAGGCGACGGCAUCCAGACCACGGGCCAGUCCCCGGCCGCGCUGCUCAGCUUCCUGCGGGGCAACAUGGAGAGCCUCCAGGCCGCCCGGCCCUGGACCCUGACCAGCGACACGGACGCCCCCUCGCCCAGCUCCAGCUGUGACAGCUCCGAGGCUUGGUAGGCCUCACUGGAGAGAGAGAGAGAGAGAGAGAGAAAGAGAGGGAGGAGACAGAGACACACACAGAGAGAGAGCGACCGAGACAGAGAGAGAGAAGUCCUCAUAAACCCACAAAAGUCCUUCUCUAAUGGAGGUCGACUGUCAAGGUGACCCGUCUUUGACUGAUAGAGUGAGGAGCAGUUGUGCAGUUGUGCGGUCUUUUGUGCAGAACGUGGGACGAUACGCUGUGUGCUUUUCUUUUUUUCACGCACUUGACUUGAAACAUCAACUCUACACAUUUGUAUUUGCUGUAUUUUAUGGACAUUCUCAUCCAAAGGGACGUAAGGGACGAGAGGAUCGAAAGGGAAGGUGUACACGUUCAUCACUCCCUGGAACAGAGCAACCACUACUUUGGUGCAACCCUGAUGCAUUGGUCGAGUGAGAAAAAGCUGGAAGCAUUUUGUUAAUGAUUGGAGACGUUGAAAACAUCAAUAAAUGAUGUACUCAAUUAGUAUUUUUAAAGUAAAAAGGUGUAUAGAAGGCAUUGAGAAAUAAGAGAUUAAUUGAUUAUCUUAUAAACUAGAGAGUUUAAUCCAGUAUUUGAAUUAUUCAAUUCUCAUUUUCACUUUACACACUUGUGAUGCUUGAGUUUUAUGAUGGUACUGUUGCAGUUCAUUUCAUAACUAAUUUGACAAUCUUACUAAAUUAUGAAUUUAUUUGACACAAGGAUGUUACAUAUUUUUUGUACAAGUAUUUAUGCUCUUUUGUACAAAUGUCAUGGCCAAAGACUAUUAUUUGUCCUUUGUUAUUGUUGUUGAAUUGUAUUUUAUUGUGGAUUUUAUUUUAUGGA